UUUCUCGCAGAGCGUCUGGACAACUUAGAGCAAGCAAGGGAAGUUACUCUUCCGAAAACAAUCUGACGUGGAGACGGACAAAACAAAAUGAGCACGAAGGAUGAUCUUAGGUUCCAUGAUUCUGGGGGUGGUGAAGAUGUGAUGUUUGAACAGACAGACGGACAGACACACACUUUCUCCAACUUUCCAGAUUCGGCUAUUGACAUUGAUAGUGAUGAGGAAGGACGAGGGGGCGACAAGUCUCAGCUUCUAAAGGAGGGAGACAAGAAGACCCACUCAUUCUGGACAUUUGAGUACUACCAGCAGUUCUUCGAUGUGGAGACUUGGCAGGUGUUCCGUAGAGUGGUCGGCUCAAUGACACCGUUACCAAACAAACGAUAUCUCGAUCACAACAUUAGACCCAACCCAGACCUGUAUGGGCCGUUCUGGAUUUGCACGACCCUAGUCUUCACGACGGCUAUAGCAGGAAACCUGGCCAACUAUCUCGCCUCUGGGGGCAAAGAUUACAAUUGGCAUUAUGACUUCCACAAAGUGACAUUUGCGGCAUCUGCCAUAUUCAGCUACUGGUGGCUGAUUCCUGCUGUACUGUAUGGCGUUCUGUGGUGGCGAAAAUCUGAGGCCGGGCUUACGUUUCUCGAGAUGCUGUGUGUAUAUGGCUACUCCUUGGCUAUAUAUAUCCCAAUAUCAAUUCUGUGGGUUGUCAAUAUCACUUGGUUCAAGUGGGUUCUUGUGGUGCUUGGAGCUGUGCUAUCGGGUGGAGUGCUUGUCCUCACAUUUUGGCCUGCAAUGAAACAUGACACACGAAAGGUGGCUGGAAUAUUUGUGGGCAUCAUCUUUAUUCUUCACCUGGCACUUGCCGCAGGCUUUGUGCUGUAUUUCUUCCACAUACCACCUGCGGAAGUUACCAAUACAACCACAGCCGUGCCAUUAACUACAAAAUCUGACAAACUACUGCAUUCAGGUGUGCUUUCUGACAAUAAGCCAGGAAAUCCUUCACCCAAGCCUGAAGCAUUAACACCUAAUAAAGGAAAUGCUAAUCUUCUGAAGGAUGAUUCAGGAGGUGUGAAUAAUAAACCAGAUUUAGAAGGUGAAAAACAGAAAAUAGAAGGUGAAAAACAGAAUUUAAAAGGUGAAAACAGAGAAGAUCAAAACAACGUAGAGAAUAAUGAACAAAGCCUGAUUGAUUUAAAUGAAAAUGUUAAUAAAAAAGUUAAUGAUGAUGCAAAUGAUAAACCUGUUCAGCAGUCUGAUACCACAAAUAAUAAUCAAGCAAAGGAAUGAGAAUGGUUUUACAAGUUUGUGAGGACUUUCAUAAUGACUGAUUUUGUGGUUUAAAAAAACUUGAGUGUUAAUCUGGAUGUAAAAUGAAUAGUGAAUUACAGUAUUUUUAUUAAGCAUAUUAAUGAUUAUCCGACAAGAACUGGAGAUAGUUGACUAUGCAUGUAAUAGUUGAGUUCAUACAAUCUGAGUUCUUGAAAUUAUACUAAAGGCUAAAGCACUUUAGCUUAAGUGUAUAAUUUUAAUCGCGAGGUACUGUUAUGUACGAUGUUGUCAAGGACAACAUUUAAUUAUUAGCUUUCUGUAGACUUGAAUGGUGUUGUAACUUGUCCAAACACUAGUUUUCGAACAGUUAAGUUCCGCCUACUUGCUACCAUUCCAAUAUGGGAGAUCAUGUAUGAAAGAUAAUAAAAAGAGGAAUCAGAAGGAUUUCAAAUCAUUGUUUAAGAAGCAUAUUAUCCAUUGUUAGAGAAUUGGAUAGUUGAAUGUAUUGGUUGUUUACAUAUUACUUCAAUAAAAAAAAUCUAGAUUAUUUUGGGAGAUAUGAGGAAUGGUAUGGUUAUAAAUAAUGAAAUCCAUUCUUACUACGAAUAUUUGAGUUUUUGUGUAUAGGCAAGGCAAAUUAUGUAUGUACAUAGGGGAAUUCUAUAUCACAUUUGUUUUAUAUUUGAAAACCAUUUUGUUCAUUCUUAAAUUCAAUCAGGUUCAAGCCCUAUGCUGUCAUAAUAAAACUGACAUUUUACGCAAUAUUGUACAAUCAUAACAUUGUGUUAAUUAUAAGAAUUCACUACAGAGAUUGACCAAGUAAAUUACUUGCAUCAUAGAAGGCAGGGGAGCUUUGGGGUUCUUCCCAACAAUUCCCCCCUCCCAUGAUCCGCUCGUGUAUAAGGCAGAGGUACCAUCAUUAAAGCAUCACAUGCAUGGAACAUUUAAUUGCCUUCCUAUGAGGACUAACUCCUUAUUUUCUAGCCAAGUUCUGCAUAGCAGAUAAAAUAUGGCCAAUAUUAUAAUUGCUACAUGUUGAGAUCAUUUUGUGGAGGUUUACCAGUUAAUCCAUCGUAUAAUUGAAUCAUGUUUUUUACAAAUAUUUCUAUCAAUAGUAACCUGAUUGUUGGAUUGACAACUAGCAACUUGUCAAUUUUGCGAAGUCUUCAGAAUAAUGCUGAUAUUUGAGUUCUACUUGUACCAAACUCUGGAGCCAUGAACUGGUGAAGCACCUGAAUAUCACGUACUAAAAUGGAGUGUUUCAGCCUCCUAUGUACCAGUGUCAAAAAUAAAACAAAAUUUACUGGUACAUUUCUUUGAUUUAGAUGUGUUCUUUUUUUCUGUGUUAACUUAUUUGUGCAUGUAUUUAUAUUUACAUGAAGUAAAUGACCAGUUGGUUACUCAAUAAAUAUGUGAUAAAUCUUAA